AUGCCCCCACCGCCACUGCCCGAAGGCUUCGUCGUCAAGAAGGCACCGGCCACCAAGAAGGCGGCCAGCAAGCCGAAGCCGAAACCCAAGGCCAAGAAGAGGAGCAAGAGGGCCAAGGUGACCAAGGAGGAGAGGGAGGCGGCGACCAAGGAGAGGCAGGAGGCGAAGAUGCGCCAUUGGAACCACCAAAGCUUCAUGAAAGAGCACGGCUGGAAGCGACAGCUGGACCCCCUCUACCUGCCGGGCCACUCGUGGCCGUCGAGGGAGCUCUCUGCGCGCCGCGCCAGAGAGAGGGCGGAGGCCGGCGACCACGACAGCUCCGAUGAGGACGAUGACGGCGGACAGUGGGCACACAAAGGUAGGUAGAUACGUGGAUGGAACGGCGAGACAACGAUUUGUGUGUGUGUCUGUGUGUGUGUCUGUGUAUGUGUCUCAGGCGGCGUGUCUUUGGCGAGGAGGCGGACACUGAGAUGCCCUCGUUCAAAAGGGCGCGUGUCAAGACUGGGGGGGCAUGGGGAUGGGAGCGGCGACGGCAAUUCGGUGCGGAGCACCGCCAGCGUGCCAUCGUGGGCCGGGCGAUAUGGGUCGGGGCUUCUGACGGAGAGAGAGGAAGAUGACGACACGGGCAUGGGCUGUGGACACCCAGCUGACGGAGGGCCACGCGGAUGGUAUCAGAGGGGAGCUGCCGGGAUGGGGCGGGUUAAGGCUGGCCAGCGAGGAUUGUGAUAUGGAUGAUGACCUGGCGAUUCAGUCUCCCAUGGCCGCCCCGUGGCCGACACUGCAAGAAGACGGCGAGCAGGACCACCUCA